UGGGGCGGAGUUUAGGACCCAGCGCUCGGGUAGUACAAUAGAGCUGUUGUGCCGUGGUGAGAGGGUGAUUUCUGCUUUUGGGAUAUUGACAGUGGGACAAGAAAGAAAAAAUAAAGGAAAAAAACGAGUAUUUGCCGCACUUCUGGAUUGCUGACUUGAAUACAGCCUUGCGGAGUCUAUCGCCGUGUGCGAUCGUCCCGAAACACUGGAUUUUUGGAUGUGAGGCAUGAGCGAGAGGCAGAAGCACAGCAGAGGAAAACAGUAGCAUGCUCUUUGAAUUUAUGGAUACGUCAGGAUGAAACGACUCAGGACUUCAAGCAGCAGUGACAGUUCAGACAAUGAGAGUCCCUCGACGUCCUUUUCCUCUAACAAGUAUGGAAGCAAACCGGGCACCCCCGCCUCUGCGCAGAAGAAACCAGCAGAGGUGUUCAGAAAAGACUUGAUCAGUGCCAUGAAGCUGCCGGACUCUCACCAUAUUUCUCCAGAGGAUUAUUACCUGUUGGCGGACACAUGGAAGCAGGAAUGGGAAAAAGGAGUCCAAGUACUCGCCAGUCCAGACACUAUCCCUCAGCCCUCCGUGAGGAUAAUAGCAGAGAAGCCAAAGGAGGUCCUCUUCACAAAACCGAGGAAAUAUAUUCAGUGCUGGAGUCAGGACUCUACGGAGACUGGUUAUGUCAAUAUCAAGGAGCUGGCGGAGGCUAUGUGCAGAUAUGACCUAGAUGAUAUGGAUCUAUACUGGCUCCAGCAGCUUAAUGCAGAGCUUGGGACGAUGGGUGACGGGCCGGUGGAUGAGCUGACGAUGGAGCGGGUGAUGGAGGCACUGGAGAGGCAGUGCCAUGACAACAUGAACCACGCCAUCGAGACGGAGGAAGGGUUGGGAAUAGAGUACGAUGAGGACGUCAUCUGUGAUGUAUGUCGCUCACCUGACAGUGAGGAAGGGAAUGACAUGGUCUUUUGCGACAAGUGCAACAUUUGUGUGCACCAGGCCUGCUAUGGCAUUGUGAAAGUGCCUGAUGGAAACUGGCUGUGCAGAACUUGUGUGCUUGGUAUCAACCCUCAGUGCCUUCUGUGUCCCAAAAGAGGGGGCGCAAUGAAGGCCACCAGGGCGGGCACUAAAUGGGCUCAUGUAAGCUGUGCCCUCUGGAUACCGGAGGUGAGCAUUGCAUGCCCGGAGAGGAUGGAACCCAUCACCAAAGUGUCUCAUAUUCCCCCCAGUCGCUGGUCGCUCAUCUGCAGUCUCUGUAAACUCAAGACUGGAGCCUGCAUACAGUGUUCGGUUAAGAACUGCACCAUCCCUUUCCAUGUCACUUGUGCUUUUGAGCACAACCUGGAGAUGAAGACCAUCCUGGAUGAAGGUGACGAGGUCAAGUUCAAAUCCUACUGCCUGAAGCACAGCAAACCUAAAGCAGGAGAAGCGGGUUUGAGUCCGGCCCGUCAUAAACCUCCGACUGAGACUGAGAAACUGGGCUUGAGGGCGCAGAAGCUUCAGGAGCUGGAGGAGGAGUUCUACACACUCGUUCAUCCUGAGGAAGUGGCCCAAGACCUUGGAAUGCCACUCCACCUGCUGGAUUUCAUCUUUCAGUACUGGAAGAUAAAGAGGAAAAGCAACUUUAAUAAGGCCUUGCUGCCACCUAAAGAAGAUGAAGAGAACCUGCUGCAGCAGCCACAGGAGGACAGCAUCCACACACGAAUGCGCAUGUUCAUGCACCUGCGGCAGGACUUGGAGAGGGUGAGAAACUUGUGCUACAUGGUGAGUCGAAGAGAGAAGCUGAAGCUGUCCCAGAGUAAAGCACAGGAGCAGAUUUUCAAUCUACAUGUCAAGCUCAUUAACCAAGAGUUAUCUGCAGGGCUUCCAGUGUCCUCUUCUUUAGAGAACCUAUUGUUCCACCCUCCUCCCAGGAUAACCCUAAAACUCAAAAUGCCCAAAGUGUCACUUGGCAAUGGCAAAACCAGCUCCAAAUCUGGUAAUGGACCCCUGUGCCCAGAUAACAGCGGAAACGUAUAUGACACUAGCGAGGGAGGCAUCGGACAGGGCAAACCGCAGCUCCAUCUCGGACGGGUACGGAUAGAGGAGCGCGCCAACGGUCUCUUGCCCGCCUCCAUCUACAUACGGCGAGAUGGUGGGACUCCCCCAUUGGCCAUAAAGCAAUCAGGCAAACCCCUAGCGCUGCAUGCUGCCCUCCACGGUCAAUCAUCCAAUGGGAAGAGCAAGAUUGAACCAGAGAAAACCCGCCCAUUGAAAUCCAACGGCAUUAUGGACAAGCCCGUACUCCAAAGAGACACUUCCUGCCAGACGCCCACUGAGAAGGACACAUGCAACAAAAUUUCAGGGAAAGGUCAGUCAGGUGGAUUCCACAAAAGUUCUCUUGAGCACUUCAGUCGAUCUCUCAAGGAGGCCACUGUUAGUUUAGUACGAACUGAGGACCUUCGGGCCUUUGAGAAGAACGCACGGAAGACCUCUGCAUUCUCCAAACCAGUUUCCAAUGAGCAGCCUCUAGGUGGCAGCAGAGCAUGCCAGGAGAGCGACGGCUACUGCCCGGACGCAGAGCUCAGUGAUUCUGAGUCCGAGGCUAAAGGGAAGUGCCGGAAGGGAGGGAGGGGGCAAAACCAGAGAGGUCCAGCUGGGGACUAUGUCAGGUCAGCCAGCCGAGCAAAACUGUCUUUUGGCUCUAGGACAUCAGUGCAAAGGUGACAAUCUUCAAAAGCAUCUCAAACCCACUGCCACAAAUUACCGUAGUUCUUCAGCGGUAAUUGGAAGUGCCAGAUUCUGUUUUCCUCUGUUGAGGAUCAGCCGAUUGGUUUUUAGUGCAGUGUGCCAAAAUAUCCUUGCUGGCUGAUUGCAGACGUGCAGAUUGGUCUAUUUUCAGGACUGAUAUAUAUCACUGUGUCUCUCUACCCAGCCAUAGUGUUUCUGCUGCAGCUGCACUUGGACUCAGUACAUGAGAGCAUGUGUAAAGUAGGUUUUAUGGGCCGUGAAGCAGUGUUUCUGUACAUAAAAGAAACCUCCGUUUUUGACUGUACAUAGUAGUUUGUUAAGAUGUGGAGCACAUUCUGAUGCUUUCCACGUACUGAAACAUUAUCAUACUUUCUUACUGAUAUGCUUAUGCAAAUAAAUAAAGACUUAAGAACUCUAA